CGGGUUCCCGACUCCAGGUAAGUGGGAACCGGCCCAUCCCGGAACCGAUCGCCCCUAGCGAUUUGUUUUGUAUGCCUGCCACUCUAUAAGUAAAGCCAAAGACUCGGAAAAAAAAUUUCAGUACAGGCCAAGCAUCAACCUGUUCCCUUGAACGCCAUGAAAAACUCAUCAUUUCUCCUUGUGCUUGUUCUCUCAAUCCUUCACCUGCCUUCUCAACCUUCCUCUGCAACUCGCACUACUUUGCGCAGAGGCGACUCUCUCUCCGUUGACAACCAAGACGACAUCCUCAUCUCAAAGUCAGGUGUCUUCUCCGCCGGGUUUUUCUCCGUCGGCAAUAACGCUUACUGCUUUGCCAUCUGGUUCAGCCAUCCACCAUGCAGCGGCCAGAAUUGCACCGUAGUUUGGAUGGCGAACCGCGAUGAACCUGUCAACGGGAGGUACUCUAAGCUCUCCCUUAAAACAAAUGGCAAUCUCGUGCUAACCGAUGCCAGCCACGCCGUUGUUUGGGCCACAGAUACAGCCUCGCUCUCAGGGUCCAAGACACCGGUUCAUCAGUUACAGCUCCUAGACUCUGGUAAUCUUGUUCUUCGUGACAGAGAAGGCAUUGUCCUGUUGUGGCAAAGCUUCGACUACCCGACCGACGUGCUCCUCCCUGAACAGAACCUCACGAGGAACACACCGCUUGUUUCCUCUCGGAGCAACGGCAACUUCUCUUCAGGCUAUUACAAGUUAUACUUCGACAACGACAACGUCCUUCGUCUCCUCUUUAACGGACCUUUGAUCUCGAGCGUCUACUGGCCAGACCCGAGCCAUGUGAGUUGGGAAGUUGGAAGAACAACCUACAACGAUAGUAGAGUUGCAGUACUUGAUUCCUUGGGGAAUUUCACUUCAUCCGACGAUCUGAAGUUCCUGACGUCGGAUUUCGGCAAGAAAACCCAACGAAUGUUAAAGGUGGAUCACGAUGGUAAUGUAAGGGUCUAUAGUAGAGAAAAAGAUGAGAAGUGGGUCGUAACAUGGCAAGGCAUAUCUGAUUCAUGUGCUGUUCAUGGGAUUUGUGGACCGAAUAGCGUUUGCAGGUACAGCCCAAGUGAGGGAAGGAGUUGCUCUUGCCCUCCUGGAUAUGCGUGGAAAAAUGACACUGAUUGGACUCAGGGAUGUGCGCCCAAAUUCGAGAGCUUCUGCAACAAUAAUUCCGAUUCUCAUGUCGAUUUCCUGCGUUUGUCUCACCAUGAUUUCUAUGGAUAUGAUAAGGGCUAUCGGCCAAACACUACCCUGGCGUCGUGCAAGAAAAAGUGCGCAGAUCUUUGCGAUUGCAAAGGCUUUGAAUACAAAUUCAACGAGGACAGUGGGAGCUUCGACUGUUUCCCAAAGAUACUGCUGUUAAAUGGACAUUUUGCAUUAUCAUUACUUGGAAGCAUCUAUCUGAAACUACCAAAAGCCAAUCUCUCUUCUUAUCAAAUACCCACCGAAGGAUUCAACCCACUGCCCUGUGCCCCAAAAGCUCAAGAAGUUAUCCUGCAGAGGACGUAUCUGAAGAGUCACGCGAGCUCGACACUUGAGAUCUUGCUCAUUUUUGCUUCGGUGUUAGCUGGAGUGGAAAUUGUUGUAGUCUUCCUCACGUGGUCCUUCUUGACAAGGACUGAUCCCAACAGACGUGGAGGUUAUGCGAAGGGAUAUCAUCUUGCGGCAAGAGGAUUCACUAGGUUCACAUAUGCCGAGCUAAAGAAAGCAACCAGUAACUUUAGCAAAGAGAUUGGAAGAGGAAGUGGGGGGAUUGUGUACAAGGGUGUCUUGCCUGAUCAUGGGGAAGUUGCGGUCAAGUGGCUAAACGAGGUGAAUCAAGGAGAAGAUGAGUUCCUGGCUGAAGUUAGAACUAUUGGGGAUCUCAAUCACAUGAACCUGAUUGCGAUGUGGGGUUACUGUGCGGAGGGAAAGCACAGGCUCUUGGUUUAUGAGUUCAUGGAUCAUGGUUCCUUAGCGGAAAAUCUUUCUUCCGAUCAACUCGACUGGACGAAAAGGUAUGAGAUUGCGGUGGGAUCGGCCAAGGGACUCACUUAUCUUCACGAAGAGUGCUUGGAAUGGGUUCUCCAUUGCGACGUGAAGCCACAUAACAUACUUCUUGAUUCUAAUUACCAACCAAAGGUGGCGGAUUUUGGAUUGUCAAAGAUACUCAAGAGGGAGGGACUGAAGAACUCAAGCUUCUCGAGAAUCAGAGGAACAAGAGGUUACAUGGCUCCUGAAUGGGUUUACAAUAUGCCAAUCACCUCCAAAGUAGACGUGUACAGCUAUGGGAUUGUCCUGUUGGAGCUGGUUACUGGCAGGAGUCCCUCAGGAGGGCUUGCAAAUACUGAGGGCGGUGAUGAGAAUGAGAGCAAAAGGUUGACUUCUUGGGUGAGAGAGAGGAAGAGAACAGAAGUCCCCACGGAAACAUGGAUAAAGGAAAUUGUGGAUCCAAGGCUGACAGGGGAAUACGACAUUAGGAAGAUUGAAGUUUUGGUUGCAGUGGCUCUUCAGUGUGUGCAGGAAGACAGAGAUGCAAGACCCACCAUGAGCCAGGUGGUUGAGAUGCUUCUGCGCCUUGAAAGUGAGGAUCUGUAAUCAGCUUCAAGCAUUACCUGCUCGUGUUUGAUCUCUAAAUAAGUGGACAGUGGUAAAGGUAAUAUAGUCUUCGGAUGUACAAACCUAGGAAAGAUAAUUUAGUGGGUGUUUAUCUCUGUA